GAGUGAUAAGUAAGCUGGGGGUUGGGUGCAUCGCGGAUCCCUGGGCAGCAUUUCCCGGCAGAAUCCUGCGUCCUCUGGGGUUCCUUGUGGUUUGCACCGGCGGGAGCCACUGUCUUUGCACUCCUGGGCUUUUCUUACAGGCCUGUUUUCCUCAAAAUGAGUGUCAGUAUCACCUUAAGACCUUUUGCCAGAGUUUUGGUGCCAUUUACCCUUCAUAGGAAGAGAAGGGUUUUAUAUUCAACAACUCUGCAGAGAUACACGUCUUCCAAAAUACCAGCUGUGUCCUAUCCUAAUAAGGAGAGUACAUCACCUCCUGAAGAGCUGGAGUUGGAUAAGUGGAAAAUUACAAUGAAAUCUAGUGUGCAAGAAGAGGGUGUUUCAACAGUCUCAAGUAGCAAGGAUGAAGAUCCUCUAGCUGCCACCAGGGAAUUAAUUGAGAUGUGGAGAUUGCUUCGCAGAGAAGUACCAGAACACAUCAGUGAAGAAGAGCUCAAAACCGUUAUGGAAUGUGUUUCUAAAUCGUCAAAAAGAAAAUAUUUAAAAUAUUUAUAUGUUAAGGAAAAAAUGAAAAAAGCCAAGCAAAUAAAAAAGGAAAUGAAAAUAGCAGCAAAAGAACAAGUAAAAAAAGAUCAGCUACCAGAAACCACUAAGGAAGAUAAACAGCAAAACUUUCUGUUUCUGCGACUUUGGGAUAGGAAUAUGGACAUUGCAAUGGGCUGGAAGGGUGCCCAGGCCAUGCAGUUUGGACAACCUUUGGUUUUUGACAUGGCUUAUGACGACUAUAUGAAACCAAAAGAACUGCAGAAUGCUGUUUCCCAACUUUUAGAAAGUGAAGGAUGGAACAGAAGAAAUGUUGAUCCUUUCCAUAUUUAUUUCUGCAGUCUUAAAACAGGUGGUGCCUACUAUAGAGAGUUAGUUAAACGUUAUGGAGAAAAGUGGAACAAAUUGCUUUUAACAGCAACAGAAAAGUCUCAUGUAGAUUUAUUUCCAAAGGACAGUAUUAUAUAUUUAACUUCAGAUUCUCCCAACGUUAUGACUACUUUCAAGCAUGACAAAAUUUAUGUAGUGGGAUCUUUCGUUGAUAAGAAUAUGCAGCCAGGCACAUCCCUAGCCAAAGCAAAACGGCUGAAGCUGGCAACAGAAUGCCUUCCAUUAGAUAAAUAUUUGCAGUGGGACACUGGCACCAAAAAUCUCACCUUAGAUCAAAUGAUACGUAUUUUGUUAUGUCUGAAAAACACUGGUAGUUGGGAAGAGGCUCUGAAGUUUGUUCCUAGGAGAAAACAUACUGGUUAUCUGGAUAUUUCUCAGCAUUCUCAAGAGUUUUUCAACAGAAUGAAGUCAAAGACUUAAUUCAUUUCCAAGAGGCUCUGUAGAUAGACACAGAAAAGGUAGCUUGAAUGAGAAUAUUUGAUAGCUUAAAAAGUAAAUGGAUUAGGAUUACAGUUUGUUUUUUUUUUCCCAAAAUCAGCUGAAAUUUUUAGGAAGCCUCUGCUGAAGUAGCACAGGUAAUACUCACACUCCUGUUUCUUUCUCUUUUUUUUUGAAUUUUAUUUUAUUUUUUAUACAGCAGGUUCUUAUUAGUUAUCUAUUUUAUACAUAUUAGUGUAUAAAUGUCAAUCCCAAUCUCCCAAUUCAUCCCACCACCACCACUUAGGAAUACAGUUCUGUUAGUCUGUUUCAUCCUGAAUGGAAUUCACUUGCUCUUUCUUUUAAAGGUUGUCUUUCCAAACUAACAAGUAUUAUCUUUCUCCAAUUAAAUAUCUGUAAAACUUUGGAAAUAUAUUUUGUUUACUGUAAAAAGAAACAAUCUUAGAAAGUAAAAAGAGUUGUCCAUGUUUGUUUGAGCCCAGUAAAAUAAUUGUACCAUUGGUGUGGCUUUUUAUGACUACUUUUGAGUCUCAGACUGCAUUUUCCUUCUUAAAUGUUCUUUUAGCCAUGUCAACA